AUGUCGAAUAACGAGCGGCAGAGGCUCGACCUUCUGCCCGCCGCCGGCAAUCGCGUCGUGAUCAGCCUCUCCCCGGCGUCGUCGAUCCCGCCGUCGCCUCGCAAGAUGGAUGGCCGUGUCGAAUUGAGGCCCGAUUCGGCGCGUGCGUGCGGCGGCGUCGAGAAAGCCUCAAAGGCCCUCGCAGAGUGCUCCGCCGAGGACCUCGAGGCUCUCUCGCUGGCCCUCGCGCACGAGAAGCCGGUUCCCGCGUCUUCCACCGCCUUUGCCGACCUCGAGGCGCGCGCAGAGACGAAGGAGGGCACCGGGGAGGACAGCUACCGCAGCUGGUUUGCCCGCGAGAACAGCUGGCUGCAAGGCAAGCGGGGCCCGGCCUCCGACCCCCUCGUCGCCUGA